UACCCCUUCCAACACACUGAGCAUAUGCCAAUAUGCCUUAAAAUAUUCUCAACUCUUUCUCAUCUGAUUAUUUAUAGGUGACCACUUUUGUGAGCACCCCUGUGAAUUGGCUCAAGAGAUUGGAGAAAGAGGAGGUGAAUGAGAGAGGGAAGAAAGCAGUAUGAAGUUUGGGAAGAAGCUCAGGAGGCAAAUGGAGGACACCCUCCCUCAGUGGAGGGACAAGUUUCUCUCUUACAAGGAUUUGAAGAAACUGGUCAGUCUCAUAUCUGCAACCCAGCCACCCUGUUCCAAAGCUGAAGCUCACUUCAUCCAUUUCUUGGAUGCUGAGAUCGACAAGUUCAACACUUUCUUUGUGGAAAUGGAGGAGGAGUUCAUCAUCCACCAAAAGGAGUUGCAGGAGAGGAUCAAGAGAGUGGCUGAGAUUUAUGGGGUCGGAGGGAGUCAGCCAUUAGAGGAAAAGUAUGAAGCAGAGAUGAGAAAGAUUAGGAUGGAGAUCGUCAAUUUCCAUGGUGAAAUGGUUUUGCUGGUGAACUACAGUAGCAUUAAUUAUACAGUAAAACUAACCUCUAUUUCAGGUCUAGCAAAGAUCUUGAAGAAAUAUGACAAAAGAACUGGAGGCCUUCUCAGAUCGCCGUUCAUCGAGAAGGUCUUGAAGCAGCCUUUCUUCACCACUGACCUCAUCUCCAGGCUUGUCAAGGAAUGUGAGAACACCAUGGAGACUCUAUUCCCUGCAGUUCUUGAUCAAUACCAGACUGGGGAAGGAGGUGAGAGGACCUUAAUCAUGGCAGAGCAGGUCUUCAGGAACACAGUGUCUGCUUUGGUGACCAUGAAAGAACUGAGGAAAGGGAGCUCAACUUACGGCCACUUCUCCCUUCCUCCUUUGAGUUUGAGCUUGCCUGAUCUUGAUCUGCUGCAGUCCUGCAUGCUUCCUUCACCAAUCACCAUUGUUUAAGAUCAUAAGAUUGAGAAGUUCAUAUAGCAACAGUUUAUAGAAAUGCAUAGUUAGUUUCUUCCUCACUACUAGCUUGCAAGAGAAGUGCUACCAUGAUAUACAUGUAACAGAAGAUAUUAGAAACAUAAGAUUUUAUUUUCUAGUCCAAAAGUUCUUUUGGAAAAGGAAGUGUGACCUUAUCAUUAGAGUUGUUGCUCUUUUCUCUGGAAAAAAAGACAAAUAUCUUCCUAUCCACAUCAAGAAUUGUUUAUUUUCCAUGUGAAAAAGUUCAGACCACUUAA